AUGUCUUCGCGGAAGAAGGUCCUCCUCAAGGUUAUUAUCCUUGGAGAUAGCGGUGUCGGCAAGACGAGCUUGAUGAAUCAAUAUGUCAAGAAGAAGUUUAGUGCCAGCUACAAGGCCACCAUCGGCGCCGACUUUUUAACACGAGAGGUCAUGGUGGACGACAGACAGGUCACUAUGCAGCUCUGGGAUACUGCUGGACAGGAGCGAUUCCAGUCGUUGGGAGUCGCCUUCUACCGUGGCGCCGACUGCUGCGUUCUCGUCUACGAUGUCAACAAUGCCAAGAGCUUCGAGGCUCUCGACAGCUGGCGAGAUGAGUUUCUGAUCCAGGCCUCACCGCGGGAUCCUCCCAACUUUCCAUUUGUUGUUCUCGGAAACAAGAUUGACGUAGAGGAGAGCAAACGAGUGAUUUCAAACAAGCGCGCCAUGACUUUUUGCCAGUCCAAGGGGGAUAUCCCGUACUUUGAGACCAGUGCCAAGGAGGCCAUCAACAUUGAUCAGGCUUUCGAGGUCAUUGCCCGAAACGCUCUUGCACAAGAAGAGUCGGAGGAAUUUAGCGGCGAAUUCGACGAUCCUAUCAACAUCCACAUCGACAACGACCGUGAUGGCUGUGCCUGUUAA